CUUUGAUUCGGUUGUUUUCCUUCCUCUUUGCUCCGCCUCUUUUGCGUCAUCACAGGGGCACGCGGACAGGAGAUGCCGGAACUGCGCUGCUUCUGAAGGGAGUGUUGUGGGGAGGGGGCGGAAGGUGUACGCAAGAAGCGGCCAGGAAGAAGCCCCGGUGAGACCCCUCUCAGACCUUCUCAAGUCGCUUCACGGCAGCGCGGGGGGGAAAAGAGAGACGGGAACGCCGUUGUUAGUGGCUGGGGAGGAGCGAAGCGAAAAGAAGAGUCCCGGUGGCUGGCAAGAUGGACAGGGUUCUGAAGACCUGUGUUCUAAGAAGCAGUUACCUUCAGUGAAGAAGAAUUCCAGAGGAGAAAAGACAAUAUUUCCGAAGUAAUAUCCCUCUGCAGUUAGUAUCAUUGUUACAGCUUUGCAUCCCAGCCUGAAAUCAUCUUGCUCCCAAAAUGAAGAGGAUCAGGCAGUCUGUUAAAGCUGAAAAUCCAGUUCUUCAAACACUACAGGAAGCCAAAAAACAGAAAACUGGAUUCUACAGCUCAGUGUUUGACACAUCUCAAUUUUAUACUUUAAUGGACUGGGGAAGCCUUCCACACCAUGUAGUCUUGCAUAUAUUUCAGUUCCUGCCUCUUGUGGAUCGUGCUCGUGCAUCUUCAGUUUGCCGAAGAUGGAAUGAAGUGUUUCAUAUCCCUGAUCUUUGGAGAAAAUUUGAAUUUGAGCUUAAUCAACCUGCUACUUCAUACUUGAAGUCGACUCACCCAGAUCUUAUCCAACAGAUUAUUAAGAGACAUGCAGAUCACUUGCAGUAUGUCAGUUUCAAGGUUGACAGUAGUACAGAGUCUGCCGAAGCAGCAUGUGACAUCCUUUCUCAACUGGUAAACUGUUCUAUCAAGACACUUGGCUUAAUUUCAACAGCAAAGCCAAGUUUCAUGAACGUUUCCAAGGCUCACUUUGUAUCAGCACUGACAGUAGUAUUUGUCAAUUCAAAGUCAUUAUCUUCCAUAAAGAUUGAAGACACACCAGUGGAUGAUCCAUCCUUGAAGGUUCUUGUUGCUAACAAUAGUGAUACUUUAAAAUUGCUUAAAAUGAGCAGCUGUCCUCACGUGUCCCCUGCUGGAAUUCUCUGUGUUGCUGACCAGUGUCAUGGCCUUAGGGAGCUUGCUCUUAAUUACUACCUAUUAAGUGAUGAACUGCUGUUGGCUCUUUCAAGUGAGAAACAUGUUAAUCUUGAACAUCUCCGUAUAGAUGUUGUGAGUGAGAAUCCUGGACAGAUUGAAUUUCACACUAUCAAAAAACAAAGCUGGGACGCACUAAUUAAACACUCCCCCAAAGUCAAUAUUGUGAUGUACUUCUUCCUAUAUGAAGAAGAAUUUGAUGCAUUCUUCAGGGAGGAAACUCCGGUAACACAUCUUUAUUUUGGCCGUGCAGUAAGCAAAUCAAUGCUUGGCCGUAUUGGAAUGAACUGCCCAAGGCUCAUUGAAUUGGUGGUCUGUGCUAAUGGCCUUCAACCUUUAGAUGAUGAACUCAUUCGCAUUGCUGAACGCUGUAAGAAUCUAACUGCCAUGGGACUUGGUGAAUGUGAAGUUACCUGCCGAGGCUUCAUUGAGUUCGUAAAGAUGUGUGGAGGCAGGCUUACCCAGCUAUCUAUUAUGGAAGAAGUGCUUAUUCCAGACAACGACUACAAUCUGGAUCAGAUUCAUUCUGAAGUUUCAAAACACCUUGGAAGAAUGUGGUUCCCUGAUAUGAUGCCAACGUGGUAAAACAGUCCAUAGGACAACAGACCAAAAUGGUCAGAACUGGCUGUGCAGGAUGUUGCUUUCUAUGCAAAUAAGGAAUCGUACAUAUAUACAACACUGAAUUAUUUUCCUCUUUAAUUGCAUAGUGGCAGUGCUGUGCCACAUUUUUAAAAAAUGGAAUGGUGUAUACUGAACAGUGUACAAACUGAAAGUAUGUUUAUUAGGUAAUAAGUGCUUAGUUUAUUCUCCAGUUAAUAGGAGCAUUUUUAACUGAUUUGUGUUUAAUUGUUAAGCACUUGGUUUAGUACAAGGUACUACAGUACUAGUAUUUCUGGUGUGGCUAAACAGUUUGGCCUUCUUGGUAAACUUUGACUAAUGGGUGUCUGGAACUUGCUGUUUGUCCAGUUCUUUAUUAAUAAUAACUUUUAAAAGCAGUGAUCAUGUACAAACUUGUAAGCAGCUUAUAGUGUGACAUAUAUGUAUUAGUAUUUUGGCAAGUUAGGCUACAACAGGAGAACUUUGUAAAUGCAUUAUUUAUCACUGACAUGCUCUAGCAAGUUCUUAAGGUAUUCUGUGGAAACUUGUACAUAAAACAUAAUGUCUAUUAUAUAAACUAGAGUUUAUGGUAAUUCCAUUUAUGGGUGGACAGUGGUGCUGCAGUUAUCAGCUGUAGUGAACAUAGUCAGGACAAUCGAUGAACUAAGCCCAUCAUCCACCUAUGGAUGAUAGAGCAAAUGUUAUGUUGCGCCAGCUACUGUCGGUAACUUGAGCUGUAAGCAGAGCUUGCAGCAUAAAAACAGCAGGCUUUCUUUCUUCAAGCUUUUUCCAGUCCGACCUUUGUUACUUUGGUAACCACUGCUGCUAUUCUGCACCCACCUUCCACAACCCCGCCCUUCCAAAAUCUCUGUAGAGCAUUCCUGUUUAUGUACAAGGCUUGGGUAUAUACAUAAAAAUCAGAAGUGCGGGAGGAUGUAACAUUCUGCUCCAUCUGAUGUUGUACUUCUUAUUAGAUGUCAUGUCUCUCCAGGGUUUCUGAGUCUUCUGAUAAGAGACUGACCUCACUAAAUGCAUAAGAGUCUGUAGAGGCUGCUUUCUUUUUGGUAAAAUUGCCUCUAGUUAUUCCCUCUAACAAAUCUGUGUUUUCCAAGUGUUUAAGCAGCAAAUUAUAUCUGCUGGAAAACAGCAAUUCUCUCUCCAGCUAGUGCAACAAACAGUCUUUCUAAUAGUGGUUCAUAAUUUGGUUGUGUAACUGUUGCAGGCAGAUAAUGACUGUGGUCUCAUUUCUCAGUUCAAAUUUUGAAAUUGGCUUUUAAAGGUGUGGGAGCUUGAUUUUAGUUUUAAAAAGCAAGUGCUUCCUUGCAGUAUCAUUCUUUUCCCUUUUACCUCUCAGCACAGGAGUAUGCAUCUCCCGCAACUGUGUUCUUUAAAAAGUCUGAUAUACUUUGGCCUCUCAGCACAGCUGUUAUACUCUAUAUAUUUGUAGAAGUAUGGUUGCAGGGCCAGAGCUACCAUGAGUGCAGUGCAGCCCACUGCGCCUGCCAGCUCCAUGGCAGAAACCCUUUUUUAGAAAGUGGAGUAAUAGAAGAAAGCCCUCUUCUAGCAGGAAGUUUAACAAGUUGUCUACAUAUGCUAUAAAGCUAUUUCAGUUUCUGCCUGCUCUUGGGCAAGUACCGACUGAAAUGAGUUGUGUGAGGCCAGUUUAUAAAUUCAGUAAAACCAGGCAAUAAAGUCAUCUUGGAUUAUACCUCUUGAGGCUGGAGCUGGUAAUUUGUAUGUUUUAAUGCUGCUCCAUGAAAAGUACUUCUGCAUGUUGAAAACUAGCAUGUCUAGGGAAAGGGUUUAGUCUGUGUUCGCCACUGGGCAUGCUGUUUUUCUAUGUGGAGGUAAUUGGCUUUCAGGGUAGAGCUCAAACUCUUCUCCCCCUGCCCUCCCCAGUAGUGUUCCUUGAUUUCAGUGAAUAUAUGAGUAAGUCCAGAAAUUCAAACGGACAUGGCUCCAGAAUGCAGUAUAUCAAUCUUUCCUCUCCAUCUUUUGCUGUGGAUCUGUUUAAGAAAUAAGCAGAUGGCAAACCUUAUAUUGUUGGUCUUAUUCAAGAAUGUGUGGUGUUUGGGAAGGGCAGUGCUUUUGACGAACUGUUAUUUUUGGCCUGCAGAUGAGCUUCCUGAUAGAGCAGGUACAUUCUUCCAGCUAAACCUAUGCUACAUGUCCCCAGAAAGCAGUAUUGUAUGUGGCAGGUUGAUCCUAUAAAUUGGAGCAUGGGUCAUGUUCUAGAUCAGAGAUAGCAAGACAUAUAUGUUUGCUUAUUUGGGACUUAAGCUCCAUUCAAUUUGGUGAGACAUAGUCAGACUAAACAUACAUGGAAUAUGACCUACAUGACUAGGAGUCAGGCUGACAGCUGGGAUUCUAGCCUGCUGGCUUAGUUUUAUGAAUAUUCUCUACACUUCGCUUUAAGCAUAAAACUCAACUGUGAACCUCUAGCAUUGAUGGGAACCAGUUCUCAUUUACAUUGAGCAGAAUUCUAGCUGGAUGUUCCAUCGGUGAGCAAGCAAGGAUCAACAGCUUAAAUGGGAGUUUGAAAGUAUUAAAUGAUCCAUUAACACACACAAAUGAUCCACUAGCAAAAAAGAGAGGGAGAAGGCAAGCCUAUUCUUCAUUUAGGGCAGGAUUUUAGUACAGAUCUUGUUUCAGGGUUUUGUUUGUGAUCAGUUCAUAUGCACAUGUGUAGUUCAGUUUUAGAUCUUAGAAAAACAAAUUGGAGAUGGCAAAAAUCCUACAAUAAAUGAGCCAAUUCUCUUAGUUUAGAAUAAGCUAUGCAGUCUAAAGAACAGUACUGAUCUCAUUGCUGCAAAUUGCAGGGAUGUUUUUAAAACUUUAAAAAUUGAUUUAGUGAGGUAUAGUUUGAAAACCAGCUGAAGCUUGGGAAAUAGGACUUUCCGUAGUAGGAGGCACAGCUUUGUCCAGAGUCUUGAUGCUGGUGAGUAAAUCACAUAUAACAGCAACUGUCUCUAUUUGGUUGCCACAGUGAAGGCAAGGACUUGUUCUUAAAUAAAACAACAAACACGCACAUACUUUAGCAGUUCUCCAAAAUUCUUAUUGAAGCCAUCUGUAUAUAAUUAUUUGAAUUGGAAAGUUAAAACAGAUCAAACUUUGGGGAUGUUUAAAACAAAACCCAACCAGAACUAUCGCUGUGAUAAUCCCUACUUUUCUACUGCCCAGUUGUGUUUUGACAGAAGCAUAAUAUUGUGAAUAAGAUUUACUUCAAAACUUGAUGUACAGUAUAAAAAUAAAGAACAUGGAGAUGAGAA